UGUGAAUUCAAAUUGUUUCAACUAUGGCAGCCGUAGUUGCACUUGCUUUAGCCUUUCUCUUGUUUCCAAUUUCAUCUCCUGUUAGAGCACUAAGCUCAAACUACUAUGACCAAACGUGCCCUCACCUCGAGUCCAUUGUAACAAGAUCAGUCAAGAAAGCGAUGUCCAAUGACAAAACUGUUGCAGCUGCGCUACUUCGAAUGCACUUUCAUGAUUGCUUCAUCAGAGGCUGUGAUGCAUCUGUGUUGCUGAACUCAAAAGGAAAUAACAAGGCAGAGAAAGAUGGGCCUCCUAACAUUUCAUUGCGUGCAUUUUAUGUCAUUGACCAUGCAAAGAAAGCGUUGGAAUCUAAGUGCCCUGGCGUCGUUUCUUGUGCUGAUAUCUUGGCCCUGGCUGCAAGGGAUGCAGUUGCUCUGUCUGGCGGUCCCACUUGGGAGGUACCCAAAGGAAGAAAGGAUGGAAGAAUUUCCUUGGCAACUGAGACCAGACAGUUACCAUCUCCCACCUUUAAUAUAUCACAGCUACAACAGAACUUUGCUCAGAGAGGCCUCUCCAUUGAAGAUCUAGUUGCUCUGUCAGGCGGUCACACUUUGGGGUUCUCCCACUGCUCUUCUUUCCAGAACAGAAUUCACAAUUUCAAUGCCAGCCUUGACGUCGACCCAACCAUGAAUCCAUCCAUUGCCUCCAUGUUAAGGAGCGUGUGUCCGGCACACAACAAGGUGAAAAAUGCAGGCUCACCCCUGGAUUCUUCCAACUUAAUAUUUGAUAACGCAUACUACAAGCUGAUUCUUCAGGGGAAGAGUAUCUUUUCUUCAGAUCAAGCUUUACUCACCACCCCAAAAACCAAAGCAUUGGUUUCUAAAUUUGCAAGCUCCCAAAAGGCUUUUGAGGAGGCUUUUGUUAAGUCUAUGAUCAAGAUGAGUAGUCUCACAGGUGGAAAAGAGAUCAGGUUAGACUGCAGAGUGGUCAGGUGAUUCUGAAGCCAAUUUGGAGUAUCAAGUUUAAGUUUAAAGCCAGGCAUCAAGAAAAUUAUCUUGUCGAUUCUUUUUUCUUUUAGAGUUAUCAAAACAAUUAAAGUGAGAGAAGCAUAUGUUUGUGUCACGGUUCGUGCGCAAG